AUGUACGUCAUAGUAAUGUUGGGGAACAUCACCAUCCUUUUCAUUGUGAAGAUGGAGCGGAGCCUCCAUGAGCCCAUGUACUAUUUCCUCUGCAUGCUGGCCGUCACCGACCUGGUGGUGUCCAAGAUCAGCCUGGCCGUGCUGCUGCGUGGUGCCAUACUUUCCUUGCCGUUCCCCCUCCUGGCAAGGCAGUGGCCAUAUUGUAGAACCAACAUCGUUCCUGAGCCGUACUGCUCACACAUAGUUGUGGUGAGCCUGGCCUGCACUGACAUUCGUGUCAGUAGUUACUACGGCCUCGUUGUCAUAUUCUGUGUGAUGGGGCCGGAUGCGAUUUUUAUUGCUUUGUCCUACACACAGAUCCUCAGGACCAUCUUCCACCUCCCCACAAAGGAUUCCCGGUUCAAGACUUUUGGAACUUGCGGCUCUCACAUCUGUGCCAUCUUAGCCUUCUACAUUUCCAUGCUUUUCAUCUCCUUCACGAACCGCUUUGGCCAGAAUGUGCCCCGGCAUUUCCAAGUUCUAAUUUCCAACUUGUGUGCCUUGAUGCCCCCCAUGCUAAAUCCCAUCAUCUAUGGGGCGAGGACCAAACAGAUCCGGGACAGGUUGCUCCGGCUCUUUACUCAAAAGGGUUCCUAA